UCUGCCCUCUGUCCGUCAUCCUCUCGUCCCCGAGCUGAGCCUCAUAACCGCAGGUACGCCUCCGGACCCACACCGCCCUUCUCCCUUCCUGGUCCCCUCUCUUCUUCUUCUUCGUUCCUCGUCUGACCCUUUUCCCCUCAGGCGUUGAACGUCUUUUUCCCUGUUCAACUUCUUGCCACUGCUGUGUCAGUGUAGCGACUCGCCCGGUGCUGCAGCCUCCUCUGUCGCGUCCUCUCUCUGGAAGAGGCUUUUUCAGUCCCCAACGUUCCUUCUUCGCCUGAGUUGACUUGAUACUUCGUUCUCACUACUCACACAACACUCAACACUGUUCCCGUUAGCAGACCCCCAAGAUGUCUAAGCAGUUCAAGAUCAUCAUGGGCUUCUGGUCCUUCGUGGACGUCCUCCUCUUGGCCGCUGCCGUCGCUUCCAUCGUCUUCUCUAUCGUCGAGCGCAAGCCUGACCUGAUGACGAACAUCGCUCUCAGCACGGAGCACCUGAAUGCUGGUUUGAUCAUGGGUGUGGUACUGCUCGCCUCGUGGAUCGUCUCGAUCAUCGCGGUGCUUUCCCCGACGGCGUCGGUAACCGGCUUCGUCCUGCUGAACUGGAUGCUCGUCCUCGACGUCCUUGCUAUUCUCGUCGUCGGCACGUCGCUCUGGUACUUCACCCUCCACAUUGAAGACAACUACCUCGCCGCCUGGCAGUCGCUGUCCAACGCGACGAAGAUCCAGGUGCAAGACAAGUUCUCGUGCUGCGGGUACUUCAUGCCCAAUGACAGCACCGCCGCAAUCGGCGGGUUCUGCGCGAACCAGACGUUCAUCAACUCGCUGUUCAACGCGACGAGCACGACCGAAAAUGCAUGCAUCACGGACCUGACCGGCUUCGGCGAGCCCAUGCUCAACCAGGUGUUCACGACGUACGGAUUCAUGGCGGUUGCAAUCAGCCUGUUCCUCGCGUCGCUCUGUGUCAUCCACACGAGACGCGAGAAGGAACGCUUCCGGAAGAUCGACGCCAAGCGUGGCGGCGGAGGCUUCGUCUAAACCGCGCGGCGUCCUCGAGCGCAAGCGCAAGCGCAGCGCAACGCUGCGAACACGCAAAGCCCGUGCUCGCUUCCCCGCCCGUAUCCACUCCUGACUCUCUCCUCUUCAUCUCUGCUCGUUUCCGCUCUCGUCGACGUCUUCCAGGGCUAAUCAAACUGCAUCCCCAUCGCCUGUACUGGUAUUGGCCGCCCAUCCGUCCGCUCGAAUUGCUCGUGGCUAUCGGUUUCGUUCUGUUUCUGUUGUGUGUUACUAGUAGACUGCCCCCUUUCCCGCUUACAGUACUGCGGCGCCCUGUAUCACCGUCUGCUCUUGCUCCCUUUGGCUCCUUUCUUCCAUACACCUUUCACUGCUUGUUGCCGCCGUCACUGCGUUAUAGGUACAAUGGCAUAAGCUCGGGUCAGACGAGAACCCUAGAGGAUA